AUGGCAGAGGGGGUCAAAGCGCAAGGCCUUGCAGGAGAGGCGACAGGCGAGGACACGGAGGAGGGAGCGGCAGUUAUUGAAGGAAUAGCAAGGGGCAUAUGUGGCAUGAAGAGAGGCGGUACGAAAGCACAUGUUCCUCGUCAGGAAGCAGCAGCAACAGCAGCAGCAACAGCAGCAGCAACAGCAGCACAGGCGGGAGGGUCCGCCGCUCCUUCCUGCGUGUUCGGAAUUCUGCUCUUCAAUCCCCUGCUCCUCCCUGACGGCGCCGCUCCUCGGGAGGAGAAGGGGAGUGACCUUGCCUCUGAGUCGGGCAGCAGCGAACACGAGAAGGAGGAAGAUAAUGCAGACGGAUUGUCACGGGAAGAAAGAGAGCAGGAGUCCAAGAUUAUCUACAGCUACCCACCGAAUAGGGAACCGGAGGAGAGGCGCAGCCAGGCAGGACUGCUCGAGGGGUUGCUCAUGUUUGCCAAGCCAUUUUCGCCACUUGGCUUGCCUGUGCAAUCUAUCUGCACCGAAAAGUAUAUUAUUGUGAUGGAGGAGGUAGAAAAGGAUUUUUGGCUGUCCAUGACCUUUGCAGCCAACGCAGUAUCCAGCCUUGCUAUCCCCGAGAAAGCGUCACACCGCGCGGACGAAGACACGGAAGAAGCCAUUCUUUUGGGAGUGCUGCGUGGCUUUUACGCCUUGUUUCGGUUGCUUCACGGCCGCUUUGGUGCCUUCCUUGAGCGUGAUCGGCGUCACGAACUGCUGGACGUGUUGAAUGACUACGCCCCCUCCUUCGUAGAGACUUUGGAUGGCAGCAGGCUUUCGCUGUUUAACGCCGUCGCAGGAUUCCACUUUGCGCCAGUCGACCGAUUGCCGUAUCUAGCGGUCCCUUCCCUCAUCUCUCUUCUUAAACACAACUACCCCUGCAUUCUCCACGCGGCACUGCUCCUCAACGGGUGUCUGGUGUAUCACUCUAUGAAUACUCCCGUGGAUGACGGCUGCCUCAUGGGCUCCUCAGAGAUUCGCCAUCAGGCCGCUGGCCUGAGCUUCGAACCCGAAGCUCUCUUGGUGCUCUACAACUAUCUGGUGUGCACUGAAGGGAAUGCCUCGGUCGAUCCUCACAAGCUCUUGAAGCCUCCUUAUGCAAGAGUGCCUACGGCAGCCGCAAGGCCUGGAGGGGGCUGCUCCUCCUUCGGCCGGUCUGUGCGGGAAGAAGGCAACCCUUGUUUCCUCUUUGGACCCGUGGGGCAGUUCGCCUUCCUCCCAACUGUCCAUCUAGGAGAUAAUUCAACUGGCUGCCUGCUGGCGCUGCUCUAUGAGCAACUCCUUCUCAUUCUCGUCCUUGACGAGACAGACCAGCGAAUUUCUGACGUUACGUUCUUGCAAUCUCUUCGUACCGCGGCUGUUGAAGGCCCCUGUGGUCUGCGGGAGCUGAACGGCAUUUUGUCAUCAGAAUUUAAGAAGGUGAUGAAACAGGAGGAUACCUACAGGUUCAUUUACUUCAAUCAAGCCAAUAGAGCGAUACGCAUCUCCAACAAGUCGUGUCCACAGAACUCUAAUUCUCCUCCCUUCUUCAAGAAUUUCUGCUUCUCCGCUCAAGAGCUUCAGCGCGUGGGUCACAUGCACUGUAAGUUCCUGGGAUUUUCUGCAUCUCCCCCCAUGCUUAAUGGAUGCAAAGGAUCAAGACGAGCUAGUGAUGGAGCCAUUUCCCCGUCAAGUAGCAACUGCAGCAAAAAGGCAGAAACACAUAAGGAAGAGGAUUCUACUGCAGCAGAAAAAGGAGGGUGGGCGACGGGGGUCAGAGCAGGAGGGAAAAGCCUUAUGGAGGUCAAGCUGCAGCAGCAGGAGAUGGGGAUUCUAGACAGCGUUCGUACAAUGGCAGUAAAGGAUAGCCAGAGCGGGUGGUUAAUCGGCAGAAGGACAUGUGACAGAGAAUACUUUCUUGCACUUGAUGAUGCGAAAACAACAUUUACGAAGGCCAUGGAAGACGUGCAACGUUUCUCAGCUCUUCAUUUCUCCAACAUUUUUGUGUGA